AUGGCUAUCUCAACAUGGAUUCCACCGUCGCCACCAGAUCCCAAUACCUUGAAGAACCCACCACUAUUCGCUCCUUUCCCGCUCAUCCAACUGCGGUCUGGCAAGGUCAAGAAGGCACUUGGAAACGGCAAGAUUGAGACGGCUAUUCACAAGGCUCCAUUGACUGGUCCUGUCGAAAUCAGCGAAACGGGUAUUCCUAGCGAUGAGCAUUCGUUCCAUUUGCAUGGCGGCCCAGACAAGGCGCUCCUUCACUACUGCACGGCACAUUAUGAUGAAUGGAAGAAACAACUACCAGCCUCAGAGCACCACUUCAAGCCUGGCGCUUUUGGCGAAAACUUAUCCAACAGAGAAGUCAGCGAGAUGAACUUAUGCAUUGGGGAUCGGUUGGCCAUUGGCGAGAUCAUUGUCGAAGUCAGCGAGCCACGAGCGCCUUGCUACAAGCUCAACCAUCGUUUCGAGGUCAAAGACAUGGCGAAGCGUGCGCAGACGCUGCUACGUACCGGCUGGUUGUAUCGCAUUAUCAAACCAGGUACCGUCAUCGCUGGCGACAUGAUCACCUUGCUUGAGCGACCAAAUCCGGAGUGGACGGUUGCUAGGGUAAUGUAUUACCUGUUUAACGAGACCAACAACGUAGAGAUGAUGAAGGAGAUUGUUGGUCUGCCGCAACUCGGCUGGGAGAUCAAGGGCAAAUUCCAGAAACGCCUAGACCAGGGAGUCGUCGAGGAUCAUAGCGGCAGGUUGUUCGGUAGCGAUGAAGAGAAGAUGGAUGCUUGGCAAGAAUACCGUCUGAUUGAGAAGCGGAGGGAGACGAAUAGUGUCACAGCCUUUGUCUUUGAUUCCGUCGAAGAUAUCCCAGCGCCACGACCUGUCGAGCCCGGAAGCCAUGUGAUAUUGAAGCUUGGAGGGAAUCUAAUACGCGCAUACUCUGUCACUGGCGGGAACUCAAAGCGCUUUGAGAUUGGCGUUGCUUUGGAUCCAACCAGCCGAGGUGGCUCCAAGUACCUCCACGAGCAGACCAAGGUUGGGGAUGUACUUACGGCCAGUCGCAUCAGAGCAAGCUUCCCUCUCGCCAAAGACGCAGACCAGCACAUCAUCAUCGCAGGCGGUAUCGGCAUCACAGCUUUCAUAGUGGCAUUCCCAUACCUUCAGGAAUCGAAACAAGACUUCCACCUCCACUAUGCUGUCGCAGAAGAAGUGCCCUUCCCCUCCAGAAUUGCUGCUCUCGGGUCCAAAGCAUCAAUCUACAACAAAUCCAAAGGCCAACGUCUAGAUAUCUCCGCUAUACUCGCAAAGGCCGACCAUCAGACACACAUCUACACGUGUGGUCCCACACGCCUCUCGGAUGCUGUCAUUGCGACCGCAAAAUCUUACGGUUUCCCAGAGUCGUCUGUACACGUCGAAGCCUUUACCGUAGCUACGUCGGGUGAUCCGUUCACAGCAGAGCUCAAACAGAGUGGGAAAACCGUGGAGGUAGGGGCUACCCAGUCGCUGCUUGACGCACUCAAGGCUGUGGGUAUGGAUAUCGAUAGCUCGUGUGAAGUGGGCAAUUGCGGGACGUGUAGAGUAGACGUUUGCGGUGGUAGAGUAGAACACCAGGGAACCGGUUUAUUGGACGAGGAGAAAGAGGGUAGUAUGCUGAGUUGUGUUAGCCGGGGUGUGGGCAAAAUUGUGUUGGAUCUAUAG